AAGUGGCUGGUUGCGUUUCCGUACGGGGUCCGUCCAAACAACGUCCCUGCCAUGGCAACGGCGCACGUCUGUGUCCUGUUCGCACUGCUUUCAGUGAGUUUAGCUGGAGAUGAUGUGAAGUUAAAGUACAAACCAGCCACGAAACCCGUGCGGCUUUUCACCGAGGAGGAGCUCCAGAGAUACGACGGCAGCAAGGAAGGCCAGCCUAUUUACAUGGCAGUGAAGGGCGUGGUGUUUGAUGUCUCCACGGGAAAAGAGUUUUAUGGUAAAGAUGCUCCAUACAACGCCCUGGUUGGCAAGGACUCCAGCCGAGCUGUGGCCAAGAUGUCCCUGAGCCCAGCAGACCUGACAUCAGACACCACAGACCUCACCGAGGAGCAGCUCAAGUCUUUGGAUAGUAUAUUUGAAGGAACUUACAAAGCCAAGUAUCCCAUAGUGGGUUACACUGCAGCACGUCUCCUCAACCAGGACGGAAGCCCCAACGAACACUUCAAACCAGAAGACCAGCCUCAUUUUAAAAUCAAAGAUGAGUUUUAAGGUCAUCUUAGGCCUUUGUUUUUCUGCUUGACCUUAAUAAUGAUCCUAAAGUGUCAUGCGCAUACAGGAGGUGGACAAAUUAAAUUAUUCUUUUGAGCCGAUCUGAGAUUAUAAUCUGUUAUGUUUCAUCAGAGUCAAGAUGACAAGGUCGAAAUAAAGAGUUUUCAGAAAAAAACAUACAAUUACAUUCAAUCAAGCCUGAAGUUUGAGCGUUUUCUUACAAUUUUUAUACACUUAACUGCAUUUAAAAGACGAUUAACUGAUAUCCAAUGGGUUAAAUACAUGCUUAUGAAAUGUUUAGUUUACAGGUAUAAAGUGGAAGAGGGAAGGGAUUAAAUGCUAAAGUGGGAUAUAAAAUAGUAAUACAACUUGGCAAAUGGGUGAAUCGACCCGGACAUGAGAGCAUCCAGAAAGUUUUGUGAGCCACAUAAUUAGUCUAACCACUAGUAAUCUUGGGGAUACUGUAGCUCUCCUACUUGUGUGAUUUAAGGACAGGUUCAGAAGUGAGUGACCCACAUUUAAAAAAUGUCAUUAAGGACAAAAUGUCAAUGUUAUUAAAAAAGCAGUUCAUCAAA